UCCAUGGCAACCAUGUAGCCACAGCAGGUCCGGUCAACUCUCAGCGUAUCCCGUUACUUUUUUCUGGACACAAAGAGUCGAGAAUAUGAAAGCAGCAGCAGGAUCAACAAUAACAACAACAACAACAACAGAGGAGGAAUAAAAGUGUAGUAGACAGGUGAGCGUGUUUGUUUUUGGAGGAGGAAUGACGCCCUCACAGAGAACACGUCACGCAGGAUGCGAAGCGGCACGUAACAAUAAAUGGAGAAUGGCAGCUCCUCCUAAAAUCCCCCUAUUGAAGUGUCCUGGUGGGAUUCCCCAACCGUGGCCCAUUCACCCCCGUCCGUCAAGACAGAACCACAGAUCCCACUUCCCGCAGCCUCCUCCAGCUCCCUCUCACCUGCCUUUUUUCCACACACGCCACGCAGAGGAGAGUGCUGAGCGGCCCCAUCUAGUCACCAUCGUCCGCCCCAGUGGUCAGACUUCACUGCGAAAGGUGACUGUGUUGUUGAACCGCAGAGGUGUGGUCUCCUUUGAACAACUACUCUUGGAUGUCUCUGAGGCAUUGGGGUUUCCUCGCUGGCACAGAUCUCGCGUCACACGCCUUUACACAACCCGUGCACGAGAGGUCAAAGGUGUGUGUGACUUCUUCCGAGGUGAGGUGGCUUUCCUGGCUCUGGGUAAGGCUCGUCCAGAACUGAGCAGUGUGCAGGAGGCUCUGGAAGAGCUCUUUCCAGAUCAUUCCCAUUUCCGGGCUGAGGCACUUCGGGCUUGGGAAAAAAGACUUACCUCCACGCCGGACAAAGCUACGAAGGCCGACAGCGGAUACAGCGAAGGGGCAGAAAGCAUUGACACUAACCUGGAGACAAAUAAGGGAACAGCUAAACACAGUGAAACACACACGCCUCACCAUAAAGAGACACACAAACCUGAAAUUUAUGACGCAGAUGUUCAGAAGUCACAUAAAAAGAGCUCUGGUAGGAAACCGGCUCAACCUCCAAACCACCUGCAGAGACUGAAUAUGAGGGGUGGGAUUAGAGAGCAACAGCCUUCCAUCCUUGGUUCAUUUAAAUUCGAGGAGGGUCCUAAAGAAGCAGAAAUACCAUCUCCUACGAUGUGUGAAAACUGCUUAGCAAUAAGAGCCAAACAUCACGGUCUAGACUGGAUCAAUGCCCUAUCAGGGAGGGCCCCACUUCCUCCUGUGUCAAGAAAGCAAAGAGGUGGUUCUCAUUCAGAACAAGAGGUGUCAAAGCCGGACGUCCCUCUCAGCCUUUCACCUCCUCCACCUGUCAGCAUGAAGGAGGAGAAGAGUCUUACACACUUACAACUUUCAAAACCACUCCCACAUGUAGGUCCAGCACAGAAAGACGAAGAGCAGGGGACGACCUUUGACCUCCCUACCGAUGGCAGCAAUGUCACCCAGUCAGAUAUUGAGCGUUGCUAUGAAAUAGGGCGAGUGGUUGGAGACGGGAACUUCGCAGUGGUGCGAGAGUGCCGCCGCCGUGACAACGGACAAACACUUGCCAUGAAGAUAGUUGAACGUUCCAAGCUGAUCGGUCGAGAGCACAUGAUGCAGAACGAGCUGAGCCUCCUGGGCAGCCUGUGUCACCGUCACAUUGUGCGCCUUUUCUCGCACCACCACACGCACACUCACUCGUACUUGGUGAUGGAGCUGGUGAGUGGAGGCGAUCUGUUUGAGGCCAUCAGUGAAAGAGGGAAGUUUUCAGAGGCCGAGGCGGGACUGAUAGUGUCAGACAUGAGUGACGCUCUACAUUACAUCCACAGCAAGAGUAUCGUUCACCGAGACCUCAAACCAGAAAACCUACUGAUAGAGCGUGUGGCAGGAGAUAUCUGCAGGCUGAAGCUGGGAGACUUUGGUCUUGCCAUGGUUGUAACUGAACCGGUCUUUACCAUUUGUGGGACACCGACAUAUGUUGCCCCGGAGAUUCUCCGUGAAACAGGUUAUGGUGUAGCAGUGGAUGUAUGGGCUCUGGGUGUUAUUCUCUACAUACUGCUGUGUGGUUUCCCCCCAUAUCGCAGUCGAGAUCGGGACCAGGAGGAGUUGUUCCACUUAAUAAAACAGGGGCAGCUCCACUUUCUUUCCCCCUACUGGGAUCCCAUCUCAGAGGAAGCCAGAGGCCUUGUAAGAGCUCUGCUUCACCCAGAUCCCACAGUGAGGCUGACAGCGGAGCAGACCAUGCAGCAUCCCUGGGUGAAGGCUAUGGUUUCACUUUGCAAGCAGGGGGCGUUCACAGACAAAACUCAGAGGAUCACUGCAGACACCGGAGAGGAAACUGAAAGAGAUAAAAGAGCAGCUAACUCAAACACAGCAGAAACAAUGACAAGAUCAAGACACAUUGGCAGCAAGAGAGAAAGAACACACAAAGAGCUCAGCAGAGGCGAUGAGAGAUUAAAUGAGCUCAUCAAAGGCAGAUGGAAAGAUGAGGACAAACCACAUCAACAAAAAAGAGUCACAGGUGCAGUGUCAGAGGACACACCCAGGCAACAGAAACCAGACUGCACCUCACCAGACUCUGGCUCACCCAGCAGAGAGACCAGCAGAGGAGAAAUACGGGAUCCAGGAAUCAGACUGUCAAACACAGACUGUAAAACAGGCAGCACAAACACAGAUUGUGAAACAGGCGGUGCAAUCAGAGUUGAACACAGUCUUUUUAGUGCCCCUGUGGCCAAAGCUGAACCCCCAUCCCAGACUGACACAGUCGAAACGAAAUAGCUGCCACCAGUCACCUCAACAGUCACCACAUUCCACCAAUGCAGCUGACCCACCCAUACUUUAACCUGGAACCUUUUUCAACUCACUCUACACCAUGACGAGCCAACUCUUCAUCUUCCCCCGGCCCACACCCCCACUGUGAAUCCCAUGGUUAACUGUGUGAUUGGAUCAAGGUCAUCACUUUGAUUGUUUCAGACAAUAACACUGCUUUCUUGGUCCUUGAAUGAUUGACAAUGUGUGAUCCAUUUAUUCUGUAGUCAUAAACUGUCAUGAUAUGUUGUGUUUUACGUGUCCAUCCAUGACUGCAAGAGGGGGUUGGGAAUGACAAAAACAUAAGCUGGAGUCAGUUUUUAGUUGUUUUUUUUAUUGCAAGACACUAUGUGUUUUUGUUUUGGUAGAACAUAUAUCAUAAACAUACACAUGUUUAUCUUUAAGGAUAUAUAAUAUGUUAUUAUGUCUGCCAUUUCUACUCAUUGCUAUUUCCACUGGUAUGUAACUGAUCCGUCCUCCUUUACACAGCUGAAAGUUCAUUCCUAGAAGUCUGCCUUAGGAUCAUUUGUCUGGCAACAUUAGUUUACUAGACAUUACUAAACUAAAACGUAUCUGUAUGUAGAACUUUUUCUGUGUAUUAAUGAAAGGGUUUGAGAUAUUUACCAUGUUGUAGCAUACUAUCUUUCUUUCAGAGCGUUUACUACACAUAAUAUACAAGCCAAUGCUUUCUUGAACUGUAGAACUGUGACAAGUAAAUUUGAAUCUUUUGGUGAGAAUUUAAUGAUCCAUUGGUUAAUAAUGGGAAUAUUGCUCAGACAGGAAAUAGAGUAGUACUUGACCACACUGGCUGUCUGUGGUAGUCGAGGGUAUGAUAUAGCUUUACUGGCAUUCCUCACACACCAAACAAGGCAUAUGUGUCUGUCCAAUGGGAGCGGUUAGUCCUGUUCCUCCCAGAUUGCAAGCAGCUGAAACUCUGACGUCCUGCUCCACCCAUUUACAAUCACAUAACCCCCCAUCCUGUAAACACAGGCACCCGUCCCAGUCCUGAAGGCUGUCAACCCUCAAAUCUGGGGCACUAAAGAGAUGAAAGUAUCAGAGGACAAGGGCACUUAGGACGGACUUUGAUUACUUUGAAGUUAUUUUCUUAUUAUGUGCGAUUUUUCACUUGAAAGGCUUGACCUGUCCUUACAGAGAAUGAAACUGGUUUCCACUCAUGACCACACAGCCACACACUCCUUGUUUCUUUUCUUUUAAUUUGGAUAUUGUGGUAUUAGGUAUGGAACUAUAUACAUAUGUUACUACACAA